AUGGUCGUCGUCGAUCGUGCUAACCUGACACAGUCGAGUCAACAACGAAAAUACCUCGGUGAUUCCAACGACCUCCAUUUCGUACCCAAGUCUCCGAUAAUCGACCGGCAGAAGCUGUCUGCUGAAGACGAAGACGCCUUGAAACAGGCAUGCAUCGAAGCUCUCUCUUCUAUUCCUCACUCCGAUGAGAUGACCGAUGACCCGUUCCGGUACCUUGCGAGUCAAAUCAUAGUCAAGAAGCCUCGGGAGCAAGUUGAGAAGGAACAGGUCGCAGGCCUAAUAAAACAACCGGAAGUGUCGCAGACAGAAUGGCCAGGAUCAAGCGGGAAUGAUACAGCGACGCCUUCGGAUACAUCCAAACGAGAAACGAUCCAGACAAAUGCCACGACGCCAUUGACCACACCAGGAGUCACGCCAGGGGAAGCUGGAAAGAGAUUCUCCGAUGCCGGAAAACGUUCAACUACGGCGCAACCUUCUCAUCUGCGCACUGAACUGAAGAAGUCUAAAGGCACUGCUGUAUAUUCGUUCUUGAAGGAGAAUCCCAUGGCAAGACCGCAGACGGCAAAUGCUACAAAAUCGUUAACCCAUCUCCCGAGCUUGGCCAGGCAGAAGUCAAAGACAAAAGAAUUUGAUCCCGUCGAACAGAGUACAGCAAUAUCACUCGGCCAGCCGGACUUCAACAAAAGCCUACCAGAUCUCCCGAAGGUCGCCAAGGAGAAUCAUACCAUUACAGACAAUCCUUUAAAGGAGAAAUCAAAAGGUGGAAUAUCACGAAUGCUCAAGACGGUCCGACUACCACGUACACAACCUCUACCACCAGUUGAGCAGAGAAGCAAAUCGACUGACCUUUCUCGAAAACAACAAGCAGCUCACGAUCAAUCGAAAUCAGGAAGACAACCCAAAUUUGCACUUUCUUCAUUCUUCCACCGGCGCAACGCGCCACCUGAACGAGCCACCCUCGGCUGA